AUGAAGCCUCUCAGGUCGUGUCUUCCGCUCUGGACACCAUCGGAAGCCGUCCCUGGAGAUGGAACACAGACAAUGAAAAUCGAGGAGUACAGACUCGGAUACCCGCGCUUCACAGCCCUCAUUUCGGCCCAUGACCCCUUCUUGUGCCGGCGAUUCAAGAAGCUUCGAGCUCGACUCCUUCUGUCGAAGCAGGGCAAGCUCUCUGCGCUCGAGCAAAGGCUUGAGCGGGUCGACCGAGACGAACCUUGCCCCCUAUUUCUCGGAAAAGCCCGUAGUGAUGGCAGCCAAGACCGAGCAUCCAUCCUCGCCGAGAUCGAAUUCUCGCUGCUGCAGCUUCUGACUUGGGUAGAGGACAAACUCAUCCGAUACUACCCGGGAUUCCGAAAAAGUCGUUCCCACAAGGUCUCGACUGAUCCAAAUGUCAUCGUCUAUUCCGGCCCCUGGAUACAGUUGUUGUUCCUCAUAACGCUUCUCUUGCUGAUGCUCGUCGUCAUUUGCAACCUCAUCGAUACGAUUUCGAUUCGCCUAGUCGUCGUCAUGGCAUGCACGAUUUCUUACCUUCUCAUCCUUUUUGCGCUGACAAGGUCGAGAACGAUGAACCUGGUUCUCGCUGGGGCAACGUGA